CUCCGACUGCCAGUCAGGUCAGGUCAAUAAAUCCUGCUACCGGUAAACAUGUAGCCCGGUACUACCUGUCUCAGGUCGAGUUGCUGGCGACUAAACUGGCAGCCCCCUGGAGUAUCAUUACUCCAGGUGGAAGGGUGCUUCUGAUCAUCCUGGCAGAACUAAAAACAAAAUCUGUCUUAAGGUCUCUGGUGGGCCAAAUCAGAAAGGAGUAUGUGGCACCCUCAGAGCGGAAACCGACAGACUGGUUCUCCGAUCAGCCGCUGCAGCAUACCUGGAGCUAUGACAUGUCUCGGCUUGCCCUUGCCUGCCAUAACUGUCUCUAGGAAAUGCCGAGAGAGUGAAUCUAGAAGAGCAAGACCUAGUUUUACUUCAAAUCACGCUGAAUCAGCGCUUGCAUGCAGUUCUAUGAAAUAUGGUCAGAUCUGAAUUACCCAAUGCCGGCUCGAACGUCGCCCGGACAAACAAGGUUCGCGCUGAUCAUCUCCCGCUCCGGAUGACAGUGAAAAGUAUGCUAGGACGCAGGAAACGACUCGUUCUUGCAGAAUGGAAUGUGAGAACACUCAUGGACAGGUCUAGAUCUGAGAGACCUGAGAGACAGACUGCCCUCAUUGCGCGGGAACUGUCGAGAUAUGAGGUUGAUAUCGCCGCCCUUAGUGAAACUCGCCUGGCGAAUUAUGACAGUAUGGUGGACUGUGGCUAUACUUUCUUCUGGAGUGGAAAGACAGAGGAAGAACGCAGGGAAUCUGGUGUGGGUUUCGCUAUCAGAAACCAGAUCACGAGAAUCAUGGAAGAGGAUCCAACACCGGUCAGUGACAGGAUAAUCACCAUGCGUCUACCGCUAGAGAAGAGGGUGUAUGCGACAGUCAUAAGUGUUUAUGCACCGACUCUGACAAACCCAGAUGAGAACAAAGAGCAGUUCUACAGUCAAAUGAGGGAGGUGCUUUCCAAAGUCCCAAAGAAGGAUAAGCUCAUUGUCACAGGUGAUUUCAAUGCAAGAGUUGGCUGCGAACACGAGAAGUGGGAAGGUGUGUUAGGACACCACGGGAUUGGAAAAUGCAACUCAAACGGAGAAUUGUUGCUCACCCUCUGCGCUGAACAUAGCUUGGUGAUCACCAAUACUAUCUUCAGACAUAAAGAGCAUCAUAAGGUCACUUGGAUGCACCCCCGCUCCAAGCACUGGCACUUAUUAGACUACAUGAUAACGAGAAAGAAAGAUCUGAAUGACAUACUGGACACAAGAGUUAUGAGAGGGGCUGAUUGCGCCACAGAUCAUCAGAUGGUCAGGUCCAAGGUGGCCUUCUCGCUGAGGAGACCGCAUGCACGGACAAAGGCUAAACCACCAACAAAACUGGAUGUGCGGAAGAUCAGGAGUGGUGACAUGAAGGCUAAGCUACAACACGAAAUGAAUGAGGCCCUGAAAAAUCUUGAAGAGAUGGAUGGGAGUGAGAUUGAGGCACAGUGGAAUACUCUGAAGACAGUUGUGUAUGAAACAGCAGAAAAAGUAUGUGAGAAGCCGAAACGAAAACACCAAGACUGGUUUGAUGAAAACGAUAAACAUCUGGAAUGUCUGCUGGAAAAGCGGAAUGCUGCUAGAGCCAAUAUGCUGCAAACAAACACAAGGUCCAACAAGAAUAAGUACACGGCUGCAAGGAGGGUACUUCAGCAGUACACGAGAAAGCUCAAGACAGACUGGUGGGAACGAAAGGCAGAAAGUCUACAACAGGCAUCGGAUGUAAAUGAUAUGAAGGGCUUCUACAACGGACUACGAGAGGUGUACGGUCCUGCAAAGCGUGGGUCAACCCAACUCACUGCUACUGACGGAUGCACAAUACUUCAGGAGAAAUCGGAGAUCCUAAACAGAUUUGCCGAUCAUUUUGACCAACUCCUGAAUGUAUCAGGGCUUGUGGAUGAGGGAGCACUCAACAGUCUCCAAACAAGACCAGAGGUAGUGUGCCUUUCUGAGCCGCCAGACAUAAAGGAGGUUGUGGAUGCAAUCGAUGCUACACAAGAGGGGAAAUCACCUGGUAAAUGUGGUAUACCUGCGGAAAUCUGGAAGCAUGGUGGUACAGAGAUUGUGUCCAAGCUGCAUAAACUUGUCCUCAAAGUCUGGUCAGCGGAGAACACACCUCAUGACUGGAGAGAUGCCAGUAUUAUCCCUAUUUUCAAGAAAGGUAGUCGGAGACAUAACGACAAUCGACAUUACGGUACUCAACAUAACGAUACUCUACAAAACGAUUCCAGACAUAACGAUACUCAACAUAACGAUACUUGAUACAAUGACAGAGACUACAUAACGACACUUGACAUAACGACAAUCAACAUAACGAUAUUCGACAUAACGAUACUCAACAUAACGAUACUCGACAUUACGAACGACAAUCGACAUUACGGUACUCAACAUAACGAUACUCGACAAAACGAUUCCCGACAUAACAAUACUCAACAUAACGAUACUCGAUACAAUGACAGAUAACUUAACGAUACUUGACAUAACUACAAUCGACAUAACGACAAUCUACAUUACGGUACUCGACAUAACAAUACUCGACAUAACGAUCCCGGACAUAACGUACUCAACAUGACAAUACUUGACACAAGGACUGACUAUAUAGCGAUACUCGACAUAACGAUACUCGACAUAACGACAAUCGACAUAACGACAAUCGACAUAAAGACAAUCCACAUAAAGAGACUUGACAUAAGGACAAUCGACAUAACGAUACUCGACAUAAUGACAAUCGACAUAACGACAAGCGAAAUAACGAUACUCGACAUAGCGACAAUCGACAUUAAGUGUCUCGAAAUAAGGACAAUCGAACUUUCGCUUUUUCUGUACAUAGUCAAUUGGCUUUAGCCUUGUAACUAAGCCAAAUCCACCUGUUUAUUUCAAUCGUCAAAACUCUAUUGAAUGGUAAAUAGCGCCUGCCCUGGAGUAGGUCGAUAUUUGUUUUUUUUCCUUUGGCAAAUCAGAGAGCUUUCUCCCGAAACGGUCUCGUCCUCUGACGAUUGCGAUCGGCGAGUAAAGGUGGCUAGAAAUGAUUUCUCUGUCGUCGUUAGGGAAUAUCUCGAACAAAACCAGGUGAAAAUGAAAAGGUCAGCAGCUUUGAAUCCCUGCUGUUAUUGUGACCGUAGGGUUAAUAUUUCUGUGGAUUUUUUAAAGUUAUUUGAACUGUGUGUAGUUUUCGGCGGCUGCCAGUUCUCCCCUUGCACAUCGCUCAGGCAUUGACGAGUAGCGCUAUAUCUAAAUCGCUCAAACCCUCACAAAUCGUCGAAUCAACCCAGCGAUACUAAAUAUAGAGACAAUAAGUAAUUUAUCACAAGUAUAUUGAUUCUUUACGAUAUUUUUUAAAGGAAAUUUUUUAACAUUUUAUUAUACAAGCUCUGUAUUAACUUCAGCUGAUUUCACUCAACAAGAGUUGGAGCUCCCUGUGGUUGAAUAAAAUUCGAAUUGCGUAUGUGUGUAUGUAUUUCUUGUCUGCUUUCUUGGCGCCUGGUCUCGCUCUCUCUUGGUUAGCAAAAUAACGGCCACCGUAUGCGAAAUCAGGGUCUGGAUGGGGUUAAACGACUAGCGACAAACGGCUUAAAAAGUAACUGCCUACCGACAAAACAUGAAUAAAAUAACUAGUGACUAGCGACAAAAACAUAUUUGCCGACUACCAACAUUUUAUUAUAACCGGUAUUUUUACUCUUUACUUCCAUCGUCAAUCUACUUAAAUUCGGCCAUUUCAGAAUCUUUACUAUGUAUUUCCUGUUGCAUCAACUUUUCAGUCAAUUAUUAACCCAUAAUUAAUUUAUUAUCAAUAAGUUAUUUAAUCAAUACUAGAUAAUGUUUAAUCUUGUUUAUACGUGAAAUCUAAUACAAAAGCGAAUACUACGGACAAAUACCGAUAAUUCUUACCGACUACCGACAAAUUAUGGAAAUUUUAACUGACUACCGACAUGCAGACCCCCCCAUCCAGACCCUGCGAAAUGGCUUCCCUCACCAAAACUCAGUCGCGUCUAGAAAACGAAAAACCGUGCACGUGUGACUGAAAAUGACAGCUUGUCGAUGAAAGCAACCAGUAGCGAACAGCACACACUCUAGUUCUACCGAUAAAUAUUCAAUGUAAUAUUUAAUGUAAUGACUGCGGCUUAAUGUACACAGCUCACAAUAACAAAACCGAAAAAAAACGAAUACGAACAUGGAAAACGGAAAAAAAUUGCGAAGAUGGAAGAUCUUUUUAAACAAGAAAAAAGCGCCAAAGAAUGCAAAAACGACGGCCGGGUAUGACAAAAGACAAGAGGAGAAAUGCGAAAGAAAGACAGCACCAACGCCGAUUGUGUAUGACCGAAGAAGAGAGGAGAAAUGCAUAUGAAAGAAACGCCAUUAGCGGCCAGAACGCCGGCAUAGAUGACAGAGGAGGAGAGGAGAGAUGUGAAUGAAAGACGGCGCCAAAGCCGAUUGUGUAUGACGGAAGAGCAAAGAGAGCGAGAAAGGCAAAAAGACAGAGAGAGAAAACGGAAGAAGAAGAUCUUCCCAGCGCAACAAAUAGUUCAGUGACAAGAGAGGAAGAGGACAAGUCUCAAGAUUUGUGUGAUUAGUAAAGAAAAAAGCACAUUGAAAAGCGGGAAAACUUAAAACGGGAAAAGGACAGGACAAUUCAAAGAAAUCAAGUUAUUACUUUAAGAACAAGACGGGCUGCGUGAAUAAAGAAUGAAUCUAGUUA